UCUGGUAAGAGAGAAAAAAGAAAAAAAAGAAAAGAAAAGAAAUGGUUGGAAGGCAGCCUUGUUUCAAGCUACUUUUGAGUAUUACAACCACUGCUGCAAUUUCUUGAAUCUAUUUACCAACAUAUUUUCAUCGGCUUCAAUGAGUACUCAAGGAGCCUCACUGUUGACAUCUUCAUCUUCUUCUUCAAGACGGUGGAUAUAUGAUGUUUUCCUUAGUUUCAAAGGUAAGGACACACGUAAUAGUUUUACACAUCAUCUAUAUGUUGCUUUGCAACGUUUAGGUAUUUUUACCUUUAGAGACAAUGAAAAACUUGAAAGAGGAAAAUCUAUUUCACCGGAGCUGUUGAAAGCAAUAGAAGAAUCAAGAUUUGCUAUUGUUAUUCUCUCAAGAAACUAUGCAUCUUCAACAUGGUGCUUGGAUGAACUUACAAAGAUCAUUCAAUGCAUGAAAGAGAAGGAAAUGACAGUUCUACCUAUAUUUUAUGAAGUGGACCCAUCUGAUGUACGAAAACAGAUGGGAACUUUUGCACAAGCCUUUGCUGAGCAUAAAGAACGUUUGAAGGAGAACACAGAGAAGCUGCAAACUUGGCGAGCCGCUUUGAGUGAAGUGGUCAAUCUCUCUGGGUGGCAUUGGCAUUCACAAGAUAGGGCCGAGGCAGAAGUUAUUGACGAUAUUGUGAAAGUAAUAAUAAAUAAACUGAGUUAUACAUUCUCUGUAGCUACCGAGGGACUAGUAGGAAUAAAUUCUAGAGUUGAGAAAUUGAUGUCACAUUUGGCUAUAAAUUCAAAUGGUGUUCGCAUUAUAGGAAUUUGGGGAACAUGAGGAAUGGGUAAAACAACUCUAGCAAGAGUUGUUUACAGUAUGAUUUCUGAUCAAUUUGAAGCAUGUAGUUUUGUUGCUGAUGUCAG